AUGAUUGUCCAGGAUGAGUCCCGCCGAGCCUCGCGAGUCUCGGUGGCGCGUGAGGAGGCUGGCACUACCACGGCCCAGGCCGACCGCACGCUGGAGGACAUGGGCUAUACGCCCGAGCUGUCGCGCAACCGGUCCAUCUGGCAGGUGACCUUUAUGUGCUUCAUCCUGUCGUCCGUGCCGUAUGGUCUGUCCACCACCCUGUUCUACCCGCUGGCCGGCGGAGGGCCGGCCAAUGUCAUCUGGGGUUGGGUCGUGGUCUCGUUGAUGAUCUUCUGCGUCGCCCUCUCGCUGGCCGAGAUCACCUCUGUCUUCCCAACCGCCGGCGGUGUCUACUAUCAAACCUUCGUGCUGUCGCCCGUGUGGUGCCGCCGCGUCGCGUCAUGGAUCUGUGGCUGGUCCUAUGUCGCAGGCAACAUCACCAUCACCCUCGCCGUCAAUUUCGGGACCACCCUUUUCUUCGUCUCCUGCCUCAACGUCUUCACCGAUUCGACCGGCACUGGUGUCACCGAAAACUUCCAGCCCUACCAGACCUUCCUCAUCUUCCUGGCCCUCACCUUGCUCACCCACGCUAUCUCCGCAUUUGGCAACAAAUGGUUGCCCUGGCUGGAGACUUUUGCCAUCUUCUGGACCAUGGUGGGACUUGUGGCCAUUGUUGUCUGUCUGCUCGCCGUGGCCAAGCAGGGCCGCAACUCCGGCGCAUGGGUGUUUGGUCACUUUGAGCCACGAUCCGGAUGGACACCAGGCUGGUCGUUCUGCAUCGGUCUGCUCCAUGCCGCCUAUGCCACUUCGGCCACGGGAAUGAUCAUUUCACUGUGUGAGGAGGUUCAGGAACCAGCCAUCAUGGUGCCCAAGGCCAUGGUCGGGACCGUCGUCAUCAACACCAUCGCCGGCCUGCUCUUUUUGAUCCCCGUCUGUUUCGUCAUGCACGAUCUGCCGUACCUGGUCAAUCUCGCCUCUGCCCAACCCACCCCCGCGAUCUUUAAACAGGCCAUCGGCAACGAGGCGGGCACAUUCUGUCUGCUGAUUCCCUUGCUCGUGCUGGGGGUUAUUUGCGGCGUCGGCUGUGUGACGGCAACGUCCCGCUGUACCUGGGCCUUCGCGCGCGACGGCGGCAUCCCCGGAUCCAAGUGGUGGCGCACAAUCAACAAACGGUUUGAUAUUCCAUUGAAUGCGCUGGCGCUCAGCAUGGUCAUCGAGAUCGCCCUGGGCUUGAUCUACUUUGGUUCGACCGCGGCCUACAAUGCCUUUUCGGGUGUGGGCGUCAUCUUCCUGACCACGAGUUAUGCCUGUCCCAUUGCUGUCUCCCUGCUCUUCCGGCAGCGUGAGGAUAUCAAACAUGGCAGCUUCAACUUUGGCAUCUUUGGCGCAAUUGCCAACGUCUUCGCCAUCGCCUGGAGUCUUCUCGCCAUUCCCUUGUUUUGCAUGCCUUCAACGAUCCCUGUCAGCCUGCAGAGCAUGAACUACGCGUCCGUUGUAUUUGCGGGGUUCGUCAUGAUUGCGGCUGUCUGGUAUGGCAUCUGGGGUUAUCACAACUACCGGGGCCCGCCCACCGACGCGGUCGAGCAUUACGACUCCUCUUCCUCCUUCACCACUCCCGAAACAACGGCCGAAGUACCCGAUAAACUGAAAAGUCGUUAG